AUGAUGGAGUUCAAAAUGUCCAUGGUGCCAGAGUACUUUCACAGCGGAGGCGGCGCCAAGUUGGAUGACCCGGUCAAGUCCCUGCCCACUGGCGACUACUCACACAUGAAAUCAUACGGCAGCCAUGACCUUGGGGCCACCCGCUCGCAGCAGCAUCAGCUCCUCGUGUCGGCUCAGAACCAGGUUGCUGCUGCAGGUGAGGCUUUUGUCGGUCUGUUAAUGAGUGUCUGCUCAGUAUGUUGUUUAACUUAUCCAGGCGACGACAUCAUCAUGAAGCGGCUGGUUGGAUCCCAUGAUGACCUUAACGACAUGUCUCCAUUGCGACCCCUGGCCAACCUUCACGAGCACAUGGUCAAAGUCUUUCCCGAGUCGUCUGCAGAAUUUGGCCACGUGGGUCUCUCCAGCAAAUACGGAGCCAAUCUUACCAGUUCUGCCUCUGACGACGAUGUUAGCAGCACGCAAGACAGGAAUUCUCUCAACUUGGAAAGCAUCAAAGAUUACGGUAAUCUAUCGCAGGAUUGUACACACGGAUCACAGUUCCCUUCAUCAGCUUUUUAUGCCAGGCUGUACAACAGUGAUACAGACCCGACAUAUCUGUCGCAUUUCAAGUUUUACCCCUCGUUUAGCAGCUCGCAAAAUGUACCUAAUGAGAAAGAGUAUGAAAAACAUUUUCUUUCUCACAACGACCACACGACGUCAACAAAUUACAAAACCCAGAUGAGGGUUGAUGACAUAGCGGUUUCUAACGAAUCUCCCCUGAGCCACAUUAAGCCAUACUCCUGCUUUGAGCGAUGCGAGCCAGCAUGUAAAGACACGGAACGACUAAAACAUAUUACCAACAACAACAAUGUUAACAACAACAACAACAGCAGUUGCAGCAACAACAACAAUUCUGGGAGCAGCAAUAAGUCCCGACAUGAAGCCAGCGAGGAGAGACACUGCAGUCUGAACAAAUCCGAGAGUACUGUCAUCCCCAAGCAAGAACACACAAACGAGACGUCGACCAAAGUUGUGAAGAACAUGAAAGUGGAGCCUGAUCUGCCCGGGAAAGCGCAGACAAACUCGGACUCCGCGUCACAGCCCCCAAAUUCGCCCCCAGAACGGAAAUCCAUUACACCAAACAACAAAGACAACCCUGAAUCUUUCAAAGAUCCCAACAUCAAACCCCCAUAUUCCUACGUGGCUCUCAUCGCUAUGGCCAUCAAAGAAUCGACAGAGAAGAGGCUGACUUUGAGUGGCAUCUACCAGUUCAUCAUUGGCCGGUUUCCAUACUACGAGAAAAAUAAGAAAGGUUGGCAAAACUCCAUUCGCCACAACCUGAGCCUCAACGAGUGUUUUGUGAAAGUGGCCAGAGAAGGUGGCGGAGAGAGAAAGGGCAACUUCUGGACUCUAGAUCCAGCAUUCGAGGAUAUGUUCGAAAAGGGAAAUUACCGUCGACGACGAAGGAUGAAACGCCCCUACAGACCGACACUGUCGCUUCACAAACCGCUGUUUGCCGACCCUGCCCACGCACUCAACCAGUUUACCUUCAACAAUUACUUCAAUACCCCUUCCUACACCCAGUACUCGGGGUAUGCCCCUUGGGCUUUGACCCACAACGCCGGAGCUUCCAACAUGAGUAUGGCACAACUACCGAGUUACCGUUCCUGCCAAAGAGUUUCUGCCCAUUCGGCUCUAAAUGGGCUGCAUCAGUACUCCGGCAUGGGGGUAGGUAUGGGGAUGGGCGUGGGGCUAGGCACCCCAGCCCCUCAGAUGCCCUCUAGUAUGCCAUCGCCAUCGAAUUACACCUCGCCGUACCCUCAGUUUCCGGACUAUGGUGCUGUAGGCAGCGGAUCGUCGUUCAGCUUUCAGUGCAGGCAACAAGGUGAGGCCUUCAACUCGUCUCAUUAUAACAGUUACUGGGCAGAUAGGUGA